GGGACACGUAGCUAGGCAACGUUAGCACGGUCGGGCUAAACGUGCUAAUGAACGUCGCCGAUUCUCCGUGGCCUUUUACAGUUUUUGUUCGUCUUUUUCACAUAAAUGUCGGUUGUAAAUCAGAAUACUGAACCCAGGAUUAUGACAACGUGCUUGCAGUUGUAGCUUGUUAUGUGUUCGUGUAACGGCGAGUAGCUAUCUAAAGCGAGCUAACUCAGCUAGCCGUCUGUCUCGUCGUUAUUCUCUGUUUCCGCGUCUUAGUCUUAGACACUGUUACACUUAGGUCAGUUAAAUAAGCAAGUAUGUCAGAGUCUGGUCACAGCCAGCCUGGAAUGUACGGACAGGGCCGGAGGAGAAGGCGCCGGAGGGACAGAGAGCCCGGGCCGCCAGGCCAAAACCUGUCCGGCCCGAGUCGCGACAGAGACUUUGGCCCUCGGGAGCGGCGGGAUGGGAGCGAAGAUCCCCCUGGUCCACUCCUUCAGAAGACCCCCAUAAUUCUAGCCAAGCCUCCUGGAGAGAGGUCAAAGCAGAGUGCUCCGGUCAGUGGCACUCCACUGGAGAAGCCCAUCAUGCUCAUGAAACCCAGAGAGGAAGGGGGAAAGUCUGCUGCUGCCUCUGAUGCUGCACCGCCAACCUCUGGCCCUGGAGUUGCAAAGCUGGAGAGGGAAGGCCAGCGUCCAACCCAGCCAGUCUAUCAAAUCCAGAACCGUGGCAUGGGCUCAGCUGCAUCUGCUGGGGCUGUUGACCCUGUGAUUGGCCAGACUAAGCUUCUGCCCCCUGAGAAGAUGAAGCACAGUAUUAAACUGGUGGAUGAACAAAUGAACUGGUGCGACAGUGCUAUGGAGUACCUGCGUGACCAAACGGACAUGCUGGUUGUAGGAGUCAUUGGCCUGCAGGGGACUGGAAAGUCCACGAUCAUGUCCCUUCUCUCAGCUAAUACACCUGAAGAGGACCAAAGGUCGUAUGUGUUCAGGGCGCAGACUCAGGAGAUGAAGGAGAGAGGAGGGAACCAGAGCAGUGGUAUUGACUUCUACAUCACACAGGAGAGAGUCAUCUUCCUGGACACGCAGCCCAUUCUGAGCCCCUCCAUUUUGGAUCAUCUCAUCAAUAAUGACCGCAAACUGCCUCCCGAGUAUAACCUUCCACACACAUACGUAGAGAUGCAGUCUCUGCAGAUAGCUGCCUUUCUCUUCACUGUGUGCCAUGUUGUAAUCGUGGUUCAAGACUGGUUCACAGACAUCAACCUGUACAGGUUUCUUCAAACUGCUGAGAUGCUGAAGCCCUCAACUCCAUCUGCCAGUCAUGACAGCACUGGAUCCUCAGGGCAAGACGACGGAUCUGAGUACUAUCCUCACCUCAUUUUCUUGCAGAACAAAGCAAGAAGGGAGGAAUUCUGUCCUCGAAACCUGAAGAAUAUGCACAUGGUUGUGGACAAGCUGAUGGCCCAUUCACACCUAAAGUAUAAAGGUACGUUGUCCAUGCUGGACUGUAAUAUCUUCCCUGGGCUGGAACGAGACUAUCUCGGAACUGAAGUUAACCUCUUCCUUUUGCCAGUGCUGGAGAACGACGGAGACGAAGCCUUGACGAGGGCAGGGUCUGGGUCUAUGCCUCUCUUCUCUCUGUUGCCUGGCUACAGGGGUCACCCCAGCUUCUCUUCCCUGGUGUCCAAACUCCGCAGCCAAGUCUUAGCCAUGUCUCGCAAUCAGCUCUCGCACACCAUCCUUACAGAGAAAAACUGGUUCCACUAUGCUGCCAGAAUUUGGGAUGGUGUUAAGAAGUCUUCAGCCCUGUCCGAGUAUAGCCGCUUGCUGUCAUAAUCAGGGGCUCCUAGACGUGCCUGGGAUUUGGAGAAAUGGAGAAAGUCGAUCUCCUUCGUGUGCUCUGAGGCUCGACCACACAGUGCCGCAUGUAACAUCGCUGCGCUCCAUGUUCAGCCAGCUGUCUUGAUUAGAACAGCGGAUGUUCUGAAAGGACAACAGCGGUGGGUUGCACUUGUUGCUGAGCUGUUGUGUUUUGAGCAGGGAAAUACAGCAAAUAUGUGUUUGCUGACAGUGGAUCUAGGCAGCUGAGCCGAGUGGUAAUUGUUUUUGAAAGAGCUGAUGAGCUGAAUCUGAUGCCUCAUGCAAUUAUAUCAGGAAUGUUUGGUAAAAAGCUUCAGCAAGAUCAGAAUGAUUUCACAGAUGAUGAACUUUAAAAGAUCCUUCAGACAAGUCGUUUUUUUGUGUCCGUAUUUAUCAUUAAAACAGUCUGCUUCUCUGGGAUGUUUGAUUGCUUCAUAUGCCUUAUUUUACACUUCUCUCUGAUUUUUACCCAUAUUUCAUUAAAUAGAGAGUAUUGCCCGCACACUGUUGAAAAGUCAGACAAGUCUAGCAAAAAUUUACCUUUCUUUUUAUGCCCUUACUCUGGAAUACUCUUUGUACACUAUUUAGAUCAGUUUUUUUGCUUUACGCACCUGAAGCAAUCUACUUUUUACGGAGCGCAACAGUAAUUUUUGUUCUACCCAUAUUUCUUUGAAAGUUCUUUAAUAGGAAUUAGGCUCUGGUGCAAUACCCAAUAUUUACCUCUUUACUGACUGCUCUUGCAAGCCAAUCUUUGUCAGUCAUCAGAGAGAUUGUUUUUUUCGCUAAACGUUUCUAACGAUUUCCUUUGUUGACAGGAAAGGGCCAUUUGACUGAUGUGCAAAACGACCAACCACAGACUGUUGUUUUUGCGUGUUUGAGUUCUACAACAAAAACAGACCUGUGUGAAACAAAGGUUCAUGUUCAUGUUAGCUGGCUGAAGUGGCACCGAUCUGUUUUUUUUGGGAGCUUUCUGAACACAAAGAUCUGAUAUUUUCAAAUUAGAUCUGAGCCUUUUUGGCUAUGUUGACCAUUCAUCAGUGUUGAUGAAUAAUUUUUUUUAUUAUUAAUUAUUUAUUUAUUUUUUUAAUAAAAUUAUAAGAACUUCUGUGACCAGUUCCACAAACGUAAGAUACACACACUCAGGGUCUUAAGUGCUUGUGCACCUUUACAUAAUGUGCAAGUUCAUCAUGCAUGUGUGCACUCGACAAAGGACAGAGAGAGCAUUAUUAUAAAUUAACUAAUUUAACUGAAAAAGAAAAAAAAUGAAUUACAAAAAUGUUCCCCUUGCUACCCUAACGAUAAAGUCAAAACAGGUCAACGGGCCACCCCUACGUUCCCCACCUCUCAAAAGAACAUACAUUCAUAAAGGUAUGGCAAACUCAAAGUAACAAUUCCAUCCACAAGACGGCAUGUCAUGGCAUUUUAUACUUCUCUUAAGACGUCUGCCUUGGAAUUUCUUUGGGUUUAUUAUAUGGAUUUUUUGUUUUUUGCCGCUCCCAGCAUGGCAUUGUUACUUUGAGUUUGCUGCAGCCAUACCUGAGGAGCAUCUGUUCCUUUCCUUUAUUUGUGUGACGUCUGCAGCGCUUCUUCAUAUUUAUUUAUUCAUAAAGGAAUCUUCACUGACCCAUGUGUGCAUGUAAGCUAGUAAAUCAUAGUAUUCUUAAUUGCUAACAGGUAACCAAAGUAACUGGAGGGCAGCCAGUGGAGUGGAGCAGUGUGGGGCCAAAUCAAAACCGCUCGCCACUGAUAACCCUUGUCUCACCAACAUGGCAGGGAAAGCCUCGUCCCAAAUGGUGCCCUAAGCCCUGUUUCCAACCCAAAGUCAACACUUUGGUGAUUUCCACAAUGUGCAGACUUAGAAAGCAUGAAACCUUGAGGAUGUGGACUGUCGGACUUUGAGUGCACCAUUUGGGACAGGGCCGAAAAAGAUUCAGGUGUGAGUUAAAAUGCAUUUGUUGAUUGAUUUACCAUCUACUUGAGCUGUAUUAAUCUGUAUUAAUCUAGAAUAAGCUCAUAAAAUGGUACAGUACUGGUACAGCCUGUGUGAUGCUCGAGUCCCAAACGCAUGCUUUUAAAACUAGCACCCUUGAUGUCUUGUGCCCUCUACAGCUGCGCGGUUGAUGACGUCACCAAAGUGCAGACCCAACUGAUGUUGCUUUAGGUGAUCCUGUAGAUGCUUUUUGAGGGAAAAUUUGUUUCACUUCAUCUUUUAAAGAGAAUUUUAGGGCAAUUCGCUCCCUGUUUCAAAACAAAGCUGCCUGCUUACUGUACGUUACAGCAUACUGGAAUAACUUUGCGGAUAGAAUUCUUUGGAAGAAGGUUUGGUUACUCUUCGGUUUUGGAGUGGUUUGAUAUUAAAUGGUUCAUUUCAGAGAAAGUUACAGACAGUGGUGGUGAUAGGAACCAUGUCUACAACACAAAUCUAGACAUUUUAUUUACUGUCCAAAACCAACAGUUAACCUACAACAGAAUCAGAAUCAAGCUUUAUUGGGCUGGUAUGCUUACACAUACAAGGAAU